AUGAGGGCCGGCCCUUUAGUGGUCGCGCUCCUGGCAGCAACAGCCGUGGCGAUCUACGCCAGCCCUCUCACCGACGUCCUUGUCUGGAAACUAGGGUCGAGGGGAGAUGGCUUAGGGCGUGGUGAGGGCCUGGACCUGACGGUCAGUGGCACCGGCAUUCCCGGUUCGGUCGAAGCGUGGGGGACCCCCGCGCCCGCCUCCCUCACCCGGCGCCAAGAGCAGCUGCUAGAGUUCCGAGAAGAGAACGCUUUCAAGGACAACCUGGCGCUCUUCUGGCUCCCAAACGAAUGGCGUGCGGCGAUGCCGCCGUAUGUACAAAGCUGGCUGCGGAACUGGAUUAUGGUGGCCAUUCUCUACUACGUGCUGGGCGGCGUGUGGGUCUACUACACAUACUACGCGUUCGGAUCGCAGCUGUUCAAGCCUGGGGAGAUUCCAAGCUUGGGUGCGCAGCUGGAGCAGAUGAAGGUGGCAAGCAUCUCGAUGCCCCUCUACGCCAUGCUCCCGGCGUUCAAUGAGUUUGCAAUAGAAAAGGGCUGGACCAGGACAUACAGCAGGGUUUCGGACGUGGGCCUCCCCAUGUACGUAGUGUACUUUUUCACGUACAUGCUGUCGGUGGAGUUCUUUGUCUACUGGGCGCACCGCCUGCUGCACGAGAUCAAGCCGGGGUACAAGUGGCUGCACUACAUCCACCACAAGUACAACAAGGAGCACACGCUGUCGCCCUUUGCGGGCCUGGCUUUCCACCCCAUAGACGGCAUGCUGCAGGCGUGUCCCUACACCUUCAUGCUCUGGUUCGUGCCCAUGCACCUGCUCACCCACGAGCUCCUGCUCUUUGCUACUGGCAUCUGGACCAACAACAUCCAUGACAACAUUGACGGCAAGGUACCCCCUGUGAUGGGGGCCUACUACCACACCAUCCAUCACACCAUGUACAACAAGAACUACGGACACUACUUCACCUUUGUUGACCGAUUGUUCGGGACGCUGCUCACCCCAGAGGACUACCGCGCGAUGAUUGCAGAGAGGAAGGUGGCGAAGGAGACGUGA